AUGCUAUCCAGAGUUAUUUUGAGAAAUCCAAUUGCAACUAGAUCCUUAAUGACAGUUGCUAGACCAACUGCCUCAACCCUACUACAUUCAAGAAGAACUCUAACGCCUUUCUUAAAUUCUGGUCUACAAAUUAGAAAAUAUUCUGAGCACGCAGAUGAAGAAACCUUUGAAGAAUUCACUUCAAGAUUCGAAAAAGAAUUUGAUGAAGCUUAUGAUUUAUUCGAAGUUCAAAGAGUCUUGAACAAUUGUUUCUCUUACGAUUUGGUUCCUGCUCCUGUUGUAUUAGAAAAGGCUUUAAGAGCUGCCAGAAGAGUUAAUGAUUUACCAACUGCCAUUAGAGUAUUUGAAGCUUUAAAAUAUAAAGUUGAAAAUGAAGAUCAAUAUAAAGCCUACCUAGAAGAACUAAAUGGUGUUAGAGAAGAAUUAGGUGUACCAUUGAAGGAAGAACUAUUUCCAAAUGCACCAGCUGGUCCAGGUCUAAACUAA